AUGGCUGCUGCCUACCUUUGCCAGGUCUGUGGCCAGACGUUCCUCUCCCGAGAGAAGUUCACUGUCCACGGUCUCACUCACACCAAGGAGCGGCCUUUCAAGUGCCAGCACCCCGAGUGUGGCAAAGCUUUUGUUUCCAGAUAUAAGCUAAUGAGGCACACAGCUACCCACUCGGCCCAGAAGUCUCACCAGUGUGGUCUGUGUGAGAAGACGUUCAACCGGAAAGACCAUCUGAAGAACCACCUCCAGACCCAUAACCCCAACAAGGUGCCCUUCGUGUGUGAGCAGUGUGGGAAGAAGUACCACACCACGCUGGGCUACAAGCGGCACGUGGCCCUCCACAAGGCCAACAGCGGCGACCUCACCUGCGGGGUGUGCGCCCUGGUGCUCAGGAACACCGAGGUGCUGCUCGUCCAUCUCAAGACCCACUCCGAAGACAAGCCCUACGCAAACAAGCAGAAGAAGCACCGGUGCGACCACUGCGAUAGACUGUUCUACACCCGGAAAGACGUGCGGCGCCACAUGGUGGUCCACACAGGCUGUAAGGACUUCCUGUGCCAGUUUUGUGCCCAGAGAUUUGGGCGCAAAGACCACCUCACACGCCAUACCAAGAAGACACACUUGCAGGAGCUGUUGAGAGAGAGUAUGCAGACUGGAGAUUUCAUGAAUCUCUUCCACACUCUCUCUCCUCAGUAUCAGCUGAAGGCUGCUGCACUGGUUCCUUAUGCUCUAGGAGCUGCUGUGCAGAAUGGGCUCGCCGGCGGCCUGCCCCCUGAGGUGCACACUCUCAAUCCCAUGGAGCCACCCUGCCAGCCUGUACCACCGCUGCCAGAGCCUCUGAUCCCCCUGGCUCCCAUGGCGCCUCCCAUGGCACCUCCCAACCCUCCCCCCCAGCCCCUCCAGGAUCACAAGUACCCCACUGCUACCUCAUACCCCCCACUUGCAAACCUGCCGCUCAAAGCGGAUACUAAACCGUUUUGCAACAUCAAUUUGGUGGAGGAGGUGCCUCUGCAAGAGCCUCAGUCACCUCACAGGCUCAACCUGCCCAGAGAGCUGCCCAUAGAUGCUGUGAACAUAACCAUACCUGCCUCUCUGGAGAUUUCCCCCCUGUUGGGCUUCUGGCAGCUGCCACCUCCUCCUCCCCAAAAUGCCUUUGGGAAUGGCGCCCUCGCUCUGGGGCCCGGGGAGCCCCUGCCCCACAGGCUCGGCUGCCUGGGGCAGCAGCAGCAAGAGCCCUCUCUGGCCAUGAGUGCCAUGGGCCUGGGCCAGCUCCACCUUCCGCCCCUCCCCCAUGUGUUCCCAGCAGGCACUGGCACUGCCAUCCUGCCUCAUUUCCAUCAUGCAUUCAGAUAA